GUCGCCAUUUUAGUUCCGCUCAGUGUCGUUGUAAGCGCGUUGCUUCUACUUUGGCUUUACAACGUCUGAGCUUAAAUAUCUUUUCUGUCCUGUUAAUUUAGUUUUCUCGCAUUUUUCUUCAACCAAUCGACGUCCGAAGACAUCAGCAUUCGAUUUAAGUUUCCACAAUAUCCAGAAACACAGCCAUGAUCACCAGAAAAAGAGGAAGAAACAGCCUAAACGCUGACAUCAAAUGUACAAAUACCUCCCACGAGAUUGAUGGUGUUUUGAAAACCAGUAAUACAAGCGAAACGAACAUGCAAACUUCCCCAGAAAGCGACACCAAUGAUUGGGGCCUGGAUGAUCUGCUUGGCUCGGAGUUCAACUGGGACCUGGACAACAAUGUGCUUGAUACUUUCGUCAACUUUGAAUCACAGACAACGACCAGCGAUGAGACAGACCAAAGCGCAGUACUUGAUGUUGCCACAUCCCACAGUAGAGGUGCAGUCCAGAGGUCAAAACUGCAAGACGUCUCUGGUCACAUCAUCAACAAGAAUGCCAUUGCAGCGAGGAUGAACCGUUUAAAGAAGAAAGAAUACGUCAGUGGCCUGGAACAGAGAGUUGGGUCUUUGACAACAGAAAACCGUGUUCUCAAGCAGGAAAACGGCAAUCUCAACAAGAGAGUGGAAGAGUUGGAGAAUGAAACUAGGUACUUGAGAGCCGUGUUGGCCAAUGAGAGCAUGCUGGCUCAGCUGUUGUCUAGAUUGAGCGGUGUGAACGGCAUGAAAUUCUCUACCUCGCUUUUCCAGGAAUCCAACGAGAACGACCACGAUUAUGCCAUGCCGAGGAAGAGGGUGAAGGUGGAAGACAAAGAUACUGCAGGUGGCAUCUGCCUGCAUGUGGACAAAGACCACGUCUCGGUGGAAUUCUGCACCAAAUGUGCAGAGAGUUCAAGCUUGUCGCAUAAAAUUUUUCUUCUAGGUGCUUGGUCCGCCAUGCUGGAUGACUGGGUCACAGAACAUCCUUGACUGCUGAAAUCCAUGGUAAGGAUCAAGAAGUAGAAGACUGCACAGAACUGGUUAACUCCUAAGAUGACGACAAUGCUUUUUGCCAGUUCACGGCACAAUAUGAACUGUAAAUAAACUAAUUUUUGUGUUUUAUUUUCAUUUGCUAUCGGUUUAAAGUAUUGAACAUAACCUACAAAAAGAAAUUAAGCAUUGUUUUUUGAAUUACAUACUUUGGAUGUUUAUUGGAUCACACAAUUGUAGUAUGUAAUUUCAGUUCAAGUAGACUUUGAGGGAAGUAGUUAAGUGGACAACAACAAAAAAAAAAAGUUAAAAAUUAUGUAAACGGGUGAUGUUUCACAAAGGGCUUCUGCUUAAACUAAUCUGUUAUGUAUCUGUUUAUCCACUGUUGAUACAUUGAUGUUGAUUUCAGUACAAGCUUGUAUUUUGCUGAAACUAGAUGAGCCCUUUCUGAAAUAUUGCUAUUUUUCUAAAGAAUGUUUUUCAUGUAGAACCCUUAUUUUUCUUUAUGCUAAAGUGGAUUUUGCUGUGGGGAAAUCAGAAGAAUCGGGACCAGCAGCUUGCAUCAUGGCCUGGUAAAUUUAAAAAAAGGUAGUACUUGAAACAGUGUAAGUUACAGUUUUACUGAUUCUUUAUCACACCCGUAAAGACGUCAGAUGCUGUCAUGCUCAUUUAGCAUCUAAAUGAGUGUUUAAACUCUCCUCUUUAUAGUAAUGUUUUAUCACAAGACAUUGAACACCUGUCUCUCAUCCAUCUGUUUCUUUUUGAUUUGUUAAAGCACUUGGGCUUUAUUUGACAGUUGUCAUGAGAAUAAGUAUGUACUGAAACAGCAUUUUUCAAAGGGUCAUGGUUUUUGAAUGAUCAUCUAUAUGUGAGAUGUAAUGGAAAUCCAAAGACUGUGCAGGCACAUGGCUGCAGCUGUUUUGAAAUGUAAUAAAUUUUCAUUUGAGUAAUGCAAA